CCCCCCCCCGUAAGAGCGGAAGCAGGUGGAAGUGCAGCAGGGUGGAGCAGCAGACAGACGGACAGCAGCCAGGAGGAGUAAUGAUGGAUGGACACUCCUCCCCUUUCGGAGGUGACCCCGCGCCUAAAGAGCAGAGCAUGAUGGGAGACCUCCCAAAUGGAAACAGAGCUUCUGAGGUGAAGGAGCAAGCGAUGGAGGAGCGAGCAGGUGGAGGUGAACUUAUGAGGAGCAGCUCUGAGGAGCACCCAGAGGGGAGGGAUGAGGAAGAGGAGAGAUCCACCAUGAUUACUCAGGAGGAAGAGGAGCAGGAAGAAAUGAUGGGCAUGGAGGAAGAUGUGAUGGAGGAGAAGAAAAAGGAGGAGCAGCUAGAAGGAAGAGCUGGAGAGAUGAAGGAGAUGUCUUGCUCCUCUAUCACACCUCCUCCUGAUGCCAAGGAGAAGAUAAAGAUUGAUGGGGAGGAAGAGGAGGUGAUGGCAGAGAGUUCAGGCGGAGGUGUGAUGUCAGCUGAGAAGGAGCAGGAGGAGUCCACAGAGCUCCAGCCUCCCAGCAGCUCAGAGCCUCCUGCUGAUGAGGAGAAAACAAACACACCUCCUGCUCCUCCUUCCUCUGAAGACCAGAAGGUCCCUGUUGAUGAAACAAAUGCUCCUCUAACUGACGGAGUCCUCAAAGAGGAGGCAUGCUUUAUUUCUGCUGCAUCUCCUUCCUCCAUAACAAAAGCUCCUCCCACAGGAGUUGCCUCAGUGACAAGAACACGCUCCUCCCCCUCCUCAAAACAGGCUGCUCCAGCCAAGAAAACAAGUGCUCCUCCAGCCAAACAGGCUGCCCAAGUUAGGAAAUCAAACACUCCUCCUCCUCUAAACAAAGCUGUGAAGGAAACGACUGAAGAAUCCAUGAAGGCCUCCACGUCAGCAGGAGGCGCCAGAGCAGCCAAGAUGAUCUCAGCCAAGAGUACAGAGUCAGUUGACGGAGUCAACAGUCCAGGAAGUCGGUCUCCUGUCAGUCGAUCGUCCACUCCCAACAGAGAGGUCAAGAAGGUGGCUGUAGUCCGGACCCCCCCAAGGUCUCCCGGUUCUGCCCGUGGACGGACGCCCCCCCCUCCCUCCCACCCCAUGCCUGACCUCAGCAACGUGAGGUCAAAGGUCGGAUCCACUGAGAAUCUCAAACACGUACCUGGAGGAGGAAAGGUUCAGAUUGUUCAUAAGAAGUUGGAUCUGACGAAUGUGACAUCAAAAUGUGGCUCCAAAGAAAACAUCCACCACAAACCAGGGGGAGGGAAACUGGAGAUUAAAUCAGAGAAGGUGGAUUUUAAAUCUGUUCAAUCAAAAGUCGGUUCUCUGGAGAACGUCACUCAUGUUCCAGGUGGAGGGAAGAAGAGGAUUGAAAGUCAGAAGCUGAGCUUCAGGGAAAAAGCCAAAGCUCGAACUGACCACGGUGCUGAAAUCGUCAUCCAGCCUGACUCCUCCCCUCAUCGCCAUAGCAACACUUCCUCCCCUGGAAGCCUCAACACUGCUGAAGUUGCACCGCUCAGCAACCUGGCUGAUCAGGUGUCUGCCUCCCUCGCCAAACAGGGCCUGUGACUGGAUGACUCUGUGCCUACUAGCCCCGCCCCCUCCUCUUAACAAGGAAACUAAUCGAAGAAAGAAAAAAAAAUCAUCACUUGCCUUUUUCUUCCUGUCGUCUGAUGUCACACGAACACGAUUGGAGCGAUUUUAUUAAAGUGGCGGCUCAAACUGAACACACCCCAUCCAGAUUAUCAACCAAUCACAGCAGAGUCGGUCAGGUGACAGGUCAAUUUAUGAAGCAAAGCCUCUGUUUCUACGAGUCACAGAAGAAGAACAUUUAGAUAUAUAAUACAAUACAGAUAUACCCAGGAUACUGCUUGCCUAGUUUAGCACAAACAUGCUUACAGUUUCCCUCUGCUUCCAGUCAUUAUGCUAAGCUAGGCUAGUACUUUCUAGUCUUUCCAGACUAAGCAAGGUAAACACUUCCUGAAAGUCUGGUACAGAGGUGAAAUCUGACAUUUCAAGAGCCUCAAGUUGGUUCCAGAAUUACUUGAAAAUGUUUUUGGGUCCUUGAGGAGGUUCUCUGAGCCAGAGGAAGUUCCAGGUUGAGCUGCAGGAUUCAAACACUGAUCAGGAUCCAAACAUUUCCUCAUUAAGAAAAUGAAAAGUUAUAAUGUAAGGUUGAAGUUACAUUACAUGACAGCACGCUAAUUAAAUUUGGCAGUGAUGUCCCAUUGUUAAGACGAUGAAGAAAAGGAAUCAAAAGAACCUGAAACAAAAAGCUACUAAAGGCAAAAUAUUUCAGACUUUGUCACUACAAGAGUAAAAAUGAUUUUACUGAUUUAUUUAAAAUGACUUCCUGUGUGAUAAAAGUACUGAUGACUUAUUUACAUAGUGAUAAAUGAUUAUAUUGACUGAUCAGACCGAAGUUCUCAUGGUCAGCGAGAUGUUUGGGUGGUCUUUGAAGAGGUUACAGUGUCCUUCAAUAAAGUUAGGGGAAUCUAGGUGUCUCCUGAAAUACAAGCUAAUCCAGGCUAACUGCUAAAUAGCCUGGAUUAGCUUGUUAGCUUCCUUAUGAAAUCUCUCCAAUCAUAUAAACCUGCUGUCGCUCUGAUGUCAUCCCGCUCAGCCAGUCAUUUUCAUCUGUUGUGUGUUUCUGAAUGCUAACUUGUUGUAGGCCCCCUGAUGACCCACCCACCCAAUCAUUAACACUAUCCAGAAUGCAGUUUGAUACCAGGUGCCAAACUCCACUGUUUCUCUCUGCUUGUUGGCUGUUAAAGUGCUUUGUACCAAUAAAGUUUCUCUGGCCUGAA